GGUAUCAUCGAGGAGAAGUACGACCACAUGCUGUGGGUGCCCUGCGCGCCGCACUGCAUGGACCUGUUGCUCGAGGACAUGGGCAAGAUGCCGUGGGCGAAGGAGACAAUUGAGCCCGUCCGCGACCUGGUCACCUUCAUCCGCAACCACCAGGGCGCGCUCGCCAUCUUCAGCAGCAUCUCCGAGCGAGCUCGGGAUACCUGCUUCGGCACGGUGUACCUGAUGUGCGAGCGCAUGCUCCUGGUCAAGCAGGCGCUGAAGCAGCUGUGGGUGCACAACGACAUGGAGAAGUGGCGGAAGAAGAACAAGAAGGCGGGAGCCGAGUACACGCGGCUCCAGGACGUCCUCAUCAACAGCCCCCGCGCCUGGCGGAGGGUCGAAGACCUGGUGGCGCUGUCCACGCCCAUCAUGGUCCUGCUGCGCCUGGCGGACUCCUCGGCGGCUACCAUGGGCAAGAUCUACUACCGCUGCGUCGAGCUCAAGCGGCACCUGGAGACCGUCAACCUGUACUCCACGACCACCGCCCAGCGCAGGGAGGUCCUGCGGGUCUUCCAGGAGCGGUGGGACAUGCUGCACAGCCCGCUUCACUCGGCGGGCGCUCCGCAGGGACCGCACGGCUCUUCAGUCGUGUCCUUGUCAUCCGUGGCUAACGUCAGAUAAGAGAGCGGUCGUGAAGUGCCGGCAAAGGGGCCGGACUCUGGAUCGAUCCAGAGUUUCAGUUGAGAUGUUGCCCGACAGUCGGCAUUACCUGAUCCCCCGAUCUCAGGUACCGAAAGCCGUGAGGGUAGAUCAUCCGAGCUGAACAUGGAUAGGACACCAGGGGCUUA